GCCUAUAAUUACCAUCGAAGACAUAUGAAAGCAAUGGCCGCCGAGGCGUCCAAUUCUAGUGAUGCGGACGGAGGGUCGGGUCAGACAAACACUUCCACAUCAAAUCAUUGCGAAGAAUGGAAUCCAAAUCAAAUUGUUUACAAUAAGAUGGAACAGAUAAUAGAGCGCAUGCAAGACGAACACGAAGGAGUUCCCGUCAGAACCGUUAAAAGCUUUAUGUCUAAAAUUCCCAGUGUUUUCACCGGCACCGAUUUGAUCACAUGGAUGAUGAAAUCACUGGAUCUCGAGGACCAAAACGAAGCAUUACAUUUAGCUAAUCUAAUGGCAUCUCACGGCUACUUCUUUCCAAUUGAUGAUCAUGUCUUGAGAAAUUCUUUGUCAUUCAGUGUUAAGUCCGACUCAACGUUUUACAGGUUUCAGACGCCGUACUUUUGGCCAUCAAAUUGUUGGGAACCAGAAAAUACUGACUACGCUGUCUAUCUGUGCAAAAGGACAAUGCAAAACAAGACACGGCUAGAGCUGGCCGACUACGAGGCCGAAAACUUGGCCCGACUCCAGAAAAUGUUUUCUAGAAAAUGGGAAUUCAUAUUCAUGCAGGCAGAAGCUCAGGCCAAAGUGGAUAAAAAGAGAGAUAAAUUAGAGCGAAAAGUGUUAGAUUCACAGGAACGGGCGUUUUGGGACGUCCACAGACCUGUCCCGGGAUGUGUUAACACAACCGAAAUCGACAUCAAAAAGGCGUGCCGUAUGAACAAACCCAUCAAAAGCACGCGCGUCAAGAUCUCAACUCACUUGGCCUGUUCUGUAGGCGGCGGACGUGUGAGUCCUGUCAAUGAGGCGGAUAAGACUGAACUAAUCAAACGAGAAAUCGACUCAUUAAGGCUACGACUGGACCAUAGGAUAGGAGGCGUCAAAAUUAGUAAAGUCGCCGAAUCUUAUUCAACAUUUUACGAUCAGUGGGCCGAAUACGACCCGUUCAUCACAUUACCAGAACCUAACAAAGGGAUGGCAUCCAAUCCAUGGAUCAGUGACUCUACAGACUUUUGGGAAAUGGAAAGACAAACGAAGGACGUGCCGUGUCGUCGGGUUAGACGAUGGGCUUUCUCUUUGAAAGAGCUAUUGAAAGAUAGCGCCGGAAAGGAACAGUUCAUCAAAUUCUUAGAGAAAGAAUUUUCUGCCGAAAAUCUCAAAUUCUGGGACGCAGUCCAAGAGCUUAAAUGUGUUCACAGUCGUGAUGUCGCCCAUAAAGUACAAGAAAUAUGGAAUGAAUACUUGGGAUCAGACGCCAACUGUCCCAUUAAUAUAGACUGCAAGUCCUAUGAGAUAACUAAGAAAAAUAUGGAAAGCAAUCCAAAUAAUCGGUGGAUCUUUGACGAAGCGGCCGGUCAUGUCUAUCAACUGAUGAAAAACGAUUCCUAUCCGCGAUAUUUGCGCUCUGAUAUGUAUAAGGAGUACUUAAAUGGUACCAAAAAGAAGACUUCUGUGAAAGGCAUUCGUGGAGUCAUAACAUUUAGUGCGAAGAAAGUCGGAGAUCAGUUGGCUUUGGCUGCCGCUAACACUACUACUUCCCUAACUUAGAAAACAGCCUAAAAAACAGCUAAAACAGCCAAAACAGCUAAAACAGCCUAA